GAAGAACGAGAACCACCAGCACUCACUGUCUCCCCCACAUGAAGUCAUGAACCCCUCACAGAAACUUGCACACGUGCUACCAUGAGAAUGGUCAUUAUCUCCAAAAAGGAGGAAAAGAAGAAAUUUCCUUCACCGUACAUCAAAUUAAUGGUUGAUUUACAAUCUCAAUCUGUUAUUUGUUGCCAGCUCCAUACAUUCCUGUCCUCCUAUCCAAGCCCUGAGACCAAACAUCGAGUCAAAUUCAUGGCUGCAUGCUGCUGCUGCUGCUGCUCUGUAAUAAUUUUAUUAUUUGCUCAUAAUCAAUAAAAGAAAAAGGGAAAAAAGAGAGGGUUUUUGAAUAGGAAAAUCACCAUGAAUUUAAUUUGGGUUCUGGUGUUGGUGGUUUGCUACAAUGGGGUUUGCCUAAAUGGAGUUACUACAAAUGUAACUACAAGACCUCCUUUUGUGAACAUUGGAGCUCUUUUGUCAUACAAUUCUACCAUUGGAAAAGUUGCAAAAGUUGCAAUACAAGCUGCAGUUGAUGACGUGAAUUCUGACCCAUCUGUUCUUGGUGGAACUAAGCUAAGGCUUCAGAUGCAGAAUACUAAUAACAGUGGAUUUCUUGGCAUUGUUGAGUCUUUGAAGUUCAUGGAAACUGAUACUGUGGCCAUAAUUGGUCCCCAGUCUUCAGUGACAGCUCAUGUAAUAUCUUUUGUAGCAAAUGAGCUCCAAGUCCCUUUGUUAUCAUAUUCAUCCACAGAUCCUACUCUUUCUUCACUUCAGUUCCCAUACUUUAUCAUGACCUCCCGGAAUGACCUGUAUCAGAUGGCUGCUAUAGCUGAAAUUGUCGACUAUUAUGGAUGGAGAGAGGUGAUAGCAAUUUAUGGGGAUGAUGAUUAUGGGAGAAAUGGGAUAGCUGCAUUAAGUGAUAAACUUGCAGAGAGACGAUGUAAAAUCUCAUAUAAAGCACCUCUGACCCCUACAGCAACCCAGCAGGAGAUCACUGAUCUGCUAGUUGAGGUGGCUUUAACCGAGUCCCGGAUUCUUGUUGUUCAUACUUUUUCCAGUUGGGGUCCAGUCGUAUUCAGUGUUGCUCAACAUCUUGGCAUGAUGGGACCUGGAUAUGUGUGGAUUGCUACUAAUUGGCUCUCCACUCUCUUAGAAACCGAUCAUCUCUCAUCAGAUACAUUGGAUGAUAUUCAAGGAGUUCUUACAUUGCGUAUGUACACUCCAGAAUCAGAACUCAAAAGGAAGUUUAUAUCUAGGUGGAGCAACUUGACUAGAGGGACAACAGGUUAUGGCCUUAAUCCUAUAGGUCCGAGUACCUAUGGUCUAUAUGCUUAUGACACAGUAUGGUUACUUGCUCGUGCAAUCAAUGCUUUUUUAGAUCAAGGAGGCAACAUUUCAUUUUCAACUGAAUCAAGACUAGCUAAGCUACGCGGAGGGAGUUUGCAUCUUGAUGCCAUGAACAUUUUCAAUGGAGGAGAGCUGUUACGUGAAAACAUUUUGCAGGCUAACAUGACUGGCGUGACAGGCCAACUCAAGUUUAAUCCUGAUGGGAAUCUCAUUAAUCCUGCUUAUGAAGUCAUCAAUGUGAUUGGCAAUGGGAUCAGAAAGAUUGGUUAUUGGACUAAUUAUUCUGGUUUAUCUGUCACGCCUCCUGGAACUCUUUACUCAAACCCUCCUAAUCGUUCCAGCUCUAGUCAAAAUUUAUACAGUGUUCUUUGGCCUGGCCAAACAGCACAGAAGCCUCGUGGGUGGGUUUUCCCAAACAAUGGAAGACAUUUGAGAAUCGGUGUCCCAAAUCGCGUUAGUUAUCGCGAUUUUGUCUCUCAAGUACCAGGCACUGAUAUGUUUACUGGGUACUGCAUUGAUGUUUUUACUGCUGCUAUCAACUUGUUGCCAUAUGCUGUCCCAUAUAAAUUAAUUCCAUAUGGAGAUGGAAUUGAUAACCCAAGUGGCACUGAGCUUGUACGUUUGAUCACAGCGGGUGUCUAUGAUGCAGCAAUAGGUGAUAUUGCAAUCAUCACAAACAGAACGAGGAUGGCCGACUUUACACAGCCAUAUAUCGAGUCUGGGCUAGUUGUAGUAGCUCCUGUUAAAAAAAUGAAUUCUAGUGCUUGGUCAUUUCUGAAGCCAUUUACUCGACAGAUGUGGGGGGUUACAGCACUCUUUUUCAUCAUUGUGGGUGCAGUUGUUUGGAUUUUGGAGCAUAGGUUGAAUGAUGAUUUCAGAGGUCCUCCUAGAAGACAACUGAUUACUAUUCUAUGGUUUAGCUUUUCAACUUGGUUCUUUGCCCACAGAGAAAAUACCAUCAGCACUCUUGGUCGCUUUGUAUUAAUUAUAUGGCUAUUUGUGGUUCUUAUAAUUAACUCAAGCUACACAGCAAGCUUGACCUCAAUCCUUACAGUUCAGCAGCUUACUUCUCCUAUUAAAGGCAUUGAUAGUUUAAUAUCAAGCAAAGAUCCAAUUGGUUACCAGCAGGGAUCAUUUACCCGAGACUAUCUAAUUAAUGAACUUGGCAUUCACAAAUCCAGGCUCAUUUCACUUAAGAUGCCAGAAGACUAUGCUAAAGCCUUGAAAGAUGGUCCUCAUAAGGGUGGUGUGGCUGCUGUGGUUGAUGAGCGCGCGUACUUAGAGCUCUUCCUCUCAAAUCAAUGUGAAUUCAGUAUUGUGGGUCGAGAGUUCACCAAGAAUGGAUGGGGAUUUGCAUUUCCAAGAGACUCGCCUUUAGCAGUAGAUUUGUCAACUGCCAUUCUGAAACUAUCAGAGAAUGGGGAUCUGCAAAGGAUCCAUGACAAAUGGCUUCUGAGAAGUGCAUGUAGUUCACAAGGCGCAAAGCUUGAAGUGGACAGGCUUGACCUAAGAAGCUUCUGGGGCCUAUAUUUGAUAUGUGGAAUAGCUUGCUUGCUUGCUCUCUUCAUAUAUUUUCUGAAGAUGGUGCGGCAGUUCAGUCGGCACUACUCACCGGAGUUAGAUUCUUCUGGUCGAGGCUCAACAUCUGCACGUCUUCAAACAUUUCUUUCAUUUGUUGACGAAAAGGAACAGGAAGUGAAAAGCCGCUCCAAGAGAAGGCAACUGGAAAUGGCCUCUAAUCGAAAUGAAUCCAUGGACAAUUACAGCUCCAAGAGACGACACAUUGAGUCGCCUCCAGAUGGAAGUCCACAAGCUAGUAAUGAGGCCUAAUUAUCCAUCAUCGAUGUACAGUCAGUCGGCAGUGUUUACUUUUAGGGUAAUCACUUUUCAGUUGACACUUGAUACCCUGCAACUUCAACCACUUGAAGGUAUAUGCAGGUAAUGUUAAAGAGAAUCAUUGGCAGCAACCUUUAGUUCUCGAGUUAGAAUAGAAAGAUUCAGGAAUUAUAUAUAUGCUUUUAUUGUAAUGAGACCUUCCCUUUUUUUCU